UUCUCCCUCUUUCAGCUCGAUACAUUAAGUAGCAAGUAGCAUCGUAUCAGCUUUUUCAAACACACAUCGUCUCAUCCAAGAUGCCCUCACUUCCCAAAGAAAUUCAGCCCAAGAUCCCUGCACUCGCCAGGGCCAAAGCACUGGAUCCCCCGAGUUCCAGCAACAAUAGCUGUCGCGUCUCACGCCAGCCGGUCAAACUCACGUCACCUCCCGAGAACACGCGCGAGAUGCCGGCCACGAUGGAAUGAAAACACAGGUACCAUUACUGCAGGCUUUGGAGACACGCAGGGAUUUACAAGCUCUCUUAGAAGCUUCAAAUAUGAAUAGGGACUCAUUGGUGACUGAUUUCUCCUGUAUCUAGCGAUUGUAAGCAAUAAGAAGGUCAUCG